CCGCGCCACGGAGAGCCGCCGCAGCCGUGCCCGCGGCUGCCAUGCGUGUGCGCCGCGGCGGGGCUGCCCGCGCUGCCGCUGGGCGCCGGCGGUCCCGCAGCGAAGGGCUCCCCGCGGCGGCGCUCCGCUCCGCGGCCGCGGACGGGCGGGCCGGGCAGGUGCGCGCUGCGGCUCCCCGCUGCCCCCCUCCCAGGCGGCGGCGAACCGGAUGCCUUUGGCGGGCAGAAGAUGUGUCAUGGGAAGCAGGCGAGCGGCGGCGGUGCCCUCCCGGCGGCGCGGCGGCGGGCGCUGGCCGCGGCGCUCUGGCUGCAGCUGGCGCUGAGCCUCGGCCAGGGGCCGGCGGCGGGCGGGUUUGAUGACCUACAUACUUGUGCUGAUCCUGGAGCUCCUGAACAUGGAUACAAGACACCCAGCGCAGGUGUUUUCUUUGAAAGCGUGGUAGUCCGGUUCCAUUGCCAAGAAGGAUACAGGCUUAAUGGUACUUCAAAAAAACUUUGUGUGAGACACUUUAAUGGCUCCCUGAGCUGGAAACCCAGUGAUAAACCUGUGUGCCUACAAGAAGUCACAGAUUGCCUUGUUCCACAUGUUGAAGAUGCAGAGAUUCAUAACAAGACAUACAGGACUGGCGAUAAGUUAAUAAUCAGCUGUCAUGAAGGAUUCCAGAUCCGUUACCCUGACUUAGACAACAUGGUUUCAAUAUGUCAAGACGAUGGAACAUGGGAUAAUCUGCCCAUUUGUCAAGGUUGCCUGAGGCCAUUGGUUCUUCCUCAUAGUUACAUUAACAUAUCUGAGUUCGAGUCCUCCUUCCCCGUAGGAACAGUGGUGUAUUAUCAGUGCUUUCCUGGAUAUAAACUAGAAGGGCCAGAGUUCCUUGAGUGCAUGUAUAACCUUAUCUGGUCAGAUAGCCCACCUAGGUGCCUUGAUGUGGAAGUUUGUCCACUACCUCCAAUGGUGAGUCAUGGAGACUACAUCUGCCACCCGCGGCCUUGCGAGCGCUACAACCACGGGACGGUGGUGGAGUUCUACUGUGAUCCUGGUUACACCCUCACCAACGACUACAAGUACAUCACCUGCCAGUAUGGAGAGUGGUUCCCCUCCUACCAAGUAUACUGUGUCAAAACAGAACAAACCUGGCCAAAUACACAGGAGACUCUCCUGACUACAUGGAAAAUAGUGGCAUUUACUGCUACCAGCGUUUUAUUAGUAUUGCUACUGGUUAUUUUAGCCAGGAUGUUCCAGACCAAAUUUAAGACACAUUUCCUUCCAAGAGGCAACCAGGAGGGCUCCAUGGGUGACCCUGACUUCGUGGUGGUGGAUGGUGUUCCUGUCAUGCUGCCUUCCUACGAUGAAGCUGUAAGCAGCGGCUUGAAUGCUCUGGCACCUGGAUACUCCGCUACCACAGACCAGGGGCAUAUUUUGCCAACAGAAGAUCAGAAUCCUCCUGCUUACCCUGGUCCCCAGAUUACAGACACGAUGCCUAGCGAAUGUGAGACCUGUGACAGUAGGUCAGGCUCCUCUGAACUGCUCCAAAGUUUGUACCCCUCCCCAGCGUGCCAAGCAGCAGUGCUUCCCGGUCCAGAUCGAACUGAUGUAUCCCGUAGUGCUGGCGGGGAGGCUGCAUCCACAAGUCCGCGGAUCGAUAUUGCAGAUGAGAUUCCUUUGAUGGAAGAAGACCCUUAGCCUGCACAGAGACAUAUCUUCGUUGCUUUGCAUUAUUGAGUGACAUGAAACAUGCGGAUUUAGAGAUAGAAAAGACUAUCUGUGGAUUUGGGGAGGGUAUUUUCCUACUUAUCAGUCUUUCACACGCUGAUGUCACCAGAUUGGGUGUACAUCUUAAUCCACAGCGGGGAUAAUAGCCUCAGCAUUUGGAACAGCAGCAGUUUUAUGAAUGAAUCCUGGGGAUUUGAUGAGAGCAGAUGUAGAAAAAGAACUGUGGCUUUUUAGAAACGUAUAUCUGCAUCGCAGAAUGUCAUGUGGUUCUGUAAGAAAUACUAUUGGAUUUUGAUACUAACUGCCUCACAAAAGCAUGUCAAAGUGUGUAUAUUUGCUUAUAAAGACUGCUUUAAAUGAUCUAUGGACCUCUAGUUAAUGAAGAAUCCUUACAAGUUUUAAAAAAAUACUACUACUGAAACAGAAAAAUAGAAGAGGAAAGAUCCUCUUUGGCUUUCCUAUGUUAACCAGGAAGCUUUUGAUUUAGUUGUUGGUGAUUUUGUUUCAGACCAUGUCUGCAGAAAAUAUAACAGAAAUGAUGGGAUUCAUAUAUACUUUGAUGUAUGAUAGCAAAUAUAUAUAAAUAUAUAUAUUUAAAAACUCUUACAGAGAAAGAAAAUGAAAGACUCUCAGGUCACAUAAUGAUCUGGAGAUUUUUUUAAAGGUCAAGAAGAAUUUAUAGCAUAUACAAUAUUCAAGGUAAAGUAUUGAUAUUUGUAUUUAUGCAAGACUUCUGUGACUACAUUGCAUUUGAUAAAUCCUGCUACAAUAUGAGAGAUCUAGAAAAUGUUAAAAUUAUUAAAAAUGUGCUUAAGAAAUGUUGAACUGCCAAGCUUCAACCUUUCUUAAGCUCUUACAAAUACAUAUACUAGAGUAAUCUACAGUCAUAGCCCAGAGCACUGCCUUGUCCCUGUAUGUUGUGGUAGUAUUCUGAGCCAUUAUUGUAGAAUACUUCUUAAAAAGAUAAUAAAGUUCAGUUUCAGUUCCUUUGAUUUAUUCAA